GUGCUUUACUUGCACAGUUUGGUUCUUAGAGCCACAAAACUAUACUAAAAAUCGAAACAUUUAAUUUUUCCAAGGUUUGGGGAAAAAUUAAGGACCAUGGAGGUUGAGUUGGGGCUGAAGAUCACAAGAACCAGAGAUGAUAGCACUUCCGUUUCUGAUUUUCAGUUUGCCAAAGACAGAUCAGGACCUGUUUUCUUGUCUAAGGAAACUGAUGCAACGAUCAUUCUCACCGCACAUCUAAAAGGAUAUAAGAAAGAGAACAUUGAGAUAAAUAUCAGUAAAGAUGGUAGUGAGAUUUCAGUGAGUGGGGAGAAGGAGGUGCAAGAAAUGCAAAUGAUACCGUUCAAGAAAGAGCUCAAAACCAAAGGGUUUGUGAAGAAGUUUAGAAUCCCUGAUGGGGUGGUUUUGGAUCGGAUCAAGGCUAGGUAUAACCAAGAGGAUGCACUUUUGACAAUUGUGAUGCCAAAAACAGAAGGUGGACAAAGAGUGAGUGGAAUUGAGGAGGUGAAAGAAGAACCAGAAAAUGUUGUUGAUAAGACACCAGAACCUGAACCAGAACCAGAAAAGGUUCCAGUUCCAGAGGAAACACAUCCAGUGAAGAAGGGAGGUCCCAAAAAGCCAUGGACUCCUUGUCCUCCUUUGUUUUUUGGAGGAUCAACUUUCCUUGUGACUCUCUUAUUUCUUUUAAUGCACCUCAUUAGAGCCAGAAAGAGUUAAUUUCUUUUUCCUUGUGAUAACCCAUGCUCUAAAUUGCUUGGAUCAAGAGAAAGAGUUAUGAUUUAAGUUGUUUCAAGAGGCUUUUUAAUUUUGGGGUGUUUCCACCGAUAAAGUAUAUCUUAUGUAUCCACAGAUACUAAUGGUUAUGGAAAUCGCAUUUUUGGUGACUAGUUACUGAGUUGAUAUGGUUUUAAAAGAUAUUAGGUGAUGAAUGGAUGGCCACAUGGCAAAUAUCAACCAAUCAGUAUUUUUAAUUUUGUAAAAUGGACUAAUGCAAACUUCAAGCGACCAGACCAAUCUUGAAUCUUGAUUGGCUUUAUAGCUGUGUGCCUGAAGUUAAGAAUCUCCGAAUUCUAGAAGCAUCUCAGAUUUGUCAUGGAUCUCAUGAUAAUACAAAUACAGGAUAUGAUCAUACUUUGUCAUGAAAGACAAGAAAGAAACAGAGAACUGUUUUGCUGGCAAUCAAAUAAAAAAUUGUGUUCAAUAUCAGAAUAGCUUGUCUAGCAGUUCUCGAUUACAUUGAAGUGAUGCAAAGGAAAUAAAGAUUAAUAAAACAAAUAUGUGUGUUAUGCAGAUUCAG